AAACUCUUCAAAAAGGAGGUAACUCGAAAUAUGCAAGGGUUUCUUAAAUUUUUUGUUACAAUUAAUGUCUUUCUGACAAUUUACUGUGAUAAUGAUCAACAGAGGAAGGAAGAGCAUGGCUACUGUGAGAAAACUGACGAUGGUGUGACAUGUGACAAUGAUGAUAACUUGAGACUGACACGUCUAGAUGGCGGACAGAUUGGUGAUGUCAGAACUUUUACUGUCGAUGAUGGUAGAAAACUUGAAAUGAAAACACUCAACACGAAACCACUCGUCUUUGAAAUUGAAGACUUCCUUACUGACAAGGAGUGUGAUCAUUUCAUCAAAGUAGCAAAGGAGAUUGGUUUGGAAUCAAGUCAAACAGAGAAACAGUCUGCGAAACGUGGUUUACAAUUGAUGGAUCUUGACUCAGACAAAGCCCUCAGUUUGACAGAGAUGAAGUUGACUAUAGAGAAUGGCUAUGAUAUGUACUUUGAUGAUGAGGAUGUCAUUGAAAUGUAUAAGGAACUCAAACUUGAUCCUAAUAAUGACAAUAUUAUCACCCAAGAAGAGUUGACAAUAAGCCCAAAGGAACUGGCAAACUAUUUAAAUGGCUACAUCAAGAAACACCCUGAGAAACACUCGAGAUACAGUCGUCAAGCCUGGCUAUAUCCUGACCAGUCCACUGAUACAGUGUUUCAGAAAGUCCAAAAAAGGGUAUCAAAAGUGGUAGAGUUACCAUUGGACUUAAUUCGGCUCAGUGAUUUUCAGGUAGUCACUUAUGGAGUUAAAGGACACUACAAUGCUCAUCUGGAUUCUUCCAAAAUCAGAGAAGGUGUGAGGUGUUGUGAUAGGGGAAAAUACAGUAACUGUAGGAUCUGUAGAUAUAUGACAGUGUUGUUUUACCUGAAUGAGGUUACCAGUGGAGGGGAGACUGCCUUUCCUUUUGCCAACAAGGACAGCAUAAAUGAAACAGAGGCACACCUAGAAAGAGUUCAUCAUUUGUACAAGAACUGUGAAGAUGCUAGUCUACGUGUUUCAGCUAAAAAGCGAAAAGCAAUCAUCUGGUAUAACCAUGUUAUAGAUGAGGAGACUGGCUGGAUGGGGGAUGUAGAUGAAUUCACUCUACAUGGAGGCUGUCCAGUUACGGAAGGGGAGAAAUGGAUAGCAAACUUCUGGAUUAAAACUAAUAAUGAUAAAUCUUUAGAUUUAGAAAAGAUGAAGAAAUUACCAUCUUUAAAAUAAGAUAAACCAUAGCUUUUAAAUAAUGAGUAGAAAUCCACAUAUCCAAAACGAAAAUCCAGUCUAAAUCAUGUAUUAUUGGCGAGAUACAGGCACUUCAUAAUUGAAUUGAUAAAACAUUGAUAUAAAUGGACUCCUGUCUGGAAGAUUACAUGUACAAUUUGAUGUCAUUCACAAAAAUACACAAAACAACCUCGUUCCAAAAAAAGUAUCUUCGAAAAUCGGCAACCAAAAUUUGAAGGACAUUCAGUAACAGCUCAAACUGCUUUUUCUGCUGGAUCAAAUUUUAGCUAGCGCUGUAAUUCAUGGAUUUGCAAGAAGCCCCAUUUUACUUGUGUACAUGACUAAUAUAUUCACUUUUUUUUUUGCUCAAUAUUACCCUAAUUUGAAUAUACACUCAAGGCCUUUAAAUGCCUCAUCAAGUUAUGGCAGUUUUUUAUUCUUGCAAGUUCUAUCUAAAUUAUUAUUAGUUAAGACCUGAUCCAAUAUGGUGCUUUCUGUUGUGAUACUUGGAAGCAUGACCGCUGUCACCUGUACACGUGUAGCUUGUAUUCAUGUCUCACAAAGUUCACAAAAAUCUUCUUGGAUAAAAUUUCCAUAUUCAUACAUGGGGCAUUUUUAAAAGUCCUUCAGUGUUUAUGCAGUACAUUGUAUAGUUUCACUGUAGUUGAAUCCUUAGUCAUGAAUACUUGAAGUGUUUUUAUUUAUUAUUGUAGAUUAGGUAUUGAUAGGGUCCUGUGCAAUAAUAUUACGCAGUCAACAUUCAUCACGUAUCGAAACAUUUACAGAUAAUAUUAUUAUUAGUGAUCAUACUGAUGCUAAUAUUUCAAUAAAAAUUUAAAUUGUAUUAGUGUUUUCUGCAGUUGGCAUUUUUGUCUGAAACGCAGCAUUUUUUGGGGUUUGACAUUUUUGUCUGAAACAAGAUUUUUUCUUGGGUGGGCAUUUUGUCUGAAACAAAUCUUUCUGGGAUUGGCAUUUUGUCUGAAACAUAGAUUUUUCUUUGGCAUUUUUGUCUGAAACAAAGGAUUUUUCUUAGGUUGGUAAUUUUGUCUGAAACACCAGAUUUUUAGUCCCCUACCAUUGGAACACCGGAGGGGACUGUACUAAGCCUAGUUAUGCAUAUCGCCGACACUUUCUGCUUCGCUGCAUAAAAUGGCCACCAGAGCUAAAGAUAUACAUAGGGGGGGAGACAUAGGUUUUUCUGACAAAAACACCUUCUAGUUUAAGCUAGGUUCAUAAAACUUGGUAUGUGAAUAGAGGGCAGUAUGUAGAUUAUGCAUAUACAUGUCAGUACAAGGUAAAGGUCACUUAUUAAGGUCAAGUAAAAAUUUGUUUCCACUCCAUAACUUUUAUAUGCAUUGAAGGGUUUUUUAUUACACAGAAAUGUUCCCCAUGAUUAAACCAUGUGUUGCACACAUGACCCAUGGUUGUUGGUCAAAGGUCAAGGUCACUAUUUAAGGCCAAGUAAUACUGUUUCCCCUCCAUAACUUCUAUGGGCAUUGAUGGAAUGUCUAAGUGCUGCACACAUAUGUUCCCAGUGAUGACACAAUGUGUCACGUACAUGAUCUAUGCUUUUAGGUCAAGGUCAUUAUUGAAAUUUAAGUAAAUGUCACGGUAUAGAACUUGAAAUAUAUUAAAACGGGGAGAAAGUGUGUAGGCGGCCGGGUAGCUCAGUCGGUAGAGCAUCGGAACGGUAUUCCGAGGCCCCGGGUUCGAGUCCCGGUCUGGCUGCACAUUUUUCUCACCCUGUGACAUUUGGCGCCCAACGUGGGGCCGUGACGGCAUUACACUGGUUAGUCUCCGACACCUGUAAUUGCUUAUAUAUAAAGUACCCGCUGAAAUUCGAGGACGAAUUUCAAAAUGGUGGGGAAAUAUGUCACGGUAUAGAACUUGAAAUAUAUUAAAACGGGGAGAAAGUGUGUAGGCGGCCGGGUAGCUCAGUCGGUAGAGCAUCGGAACGGUAUUCCGAGGCCCCGGGUUCGAGUCCCGGUCUGGCUGCACAUUUUCUCCCCGUUUUAAUAUAUUUCAAGUUCUAUACCGUGACAUAAAAAUGCUUUUUGUUUCUUAGCUCCUAAAUGCCUUGAAGUAUUUUUAGUGCUAACACUGUUGUCAGCAACCACACGGGACAAACACUAACAAAGGUUUCCACCAGUAGGGGAAUUCUGUACGUAUUCCCACUGCAGUACUCGGUCACUUGUUCUAUGGUUGGCAUUUUGUCCUUAACGUAAGUUUUCUCUGGGGUUGGCAUUUUUGUCUGAAAUACAAGAUUUUCCUUGGGUUUGCAAUGUUGUUUGUUAGAGAACAUUUGCCUGGUGUUUUUAUUGUUGACUCAGAUGUACUGUGAAAUCAUUAAUUUUUGUAGGGAAUUAAUUUUCAUGGAAUUGGAAUCAGUCAACGAAAUGGUAUCCCAACGAACAAGUAAAAUUCCCAUUCAAAACCAUGAAAUUUUGUGCCGAUGAAAUUAAAUGAUUUCACAGUCUCUGGGGGUUUUAUUGUUAGCUUGACCAUUCGAAGAAUAAAUAGAGCUAUCCUACUCACCAUGGCGUUGGCAUCAGCUUCACAGCUUAGUUAAGUUUUUCAUACCAGUCCACAUUUUGACAAAGUCUUUUGAGAUAAAGCUUUGUAACUUUCAACACUUGUGGUACAUCACCAUGUUCAGUUUUAGGCAAGAGUACAUAACUCCAUCAAAGAUUUUGGCUGAAUUAUGGCCUCUUAACUUACUGUACAAGUCUUGGUUAAGUUUUUCUUACCAGUUCAUAUUUUGUGUAAAGUGUUUGAAAUAUGGCUUUGACACUUUUAUCACUUGUUCAUUAUAACAGUCUCUAUCUGUAGGCAAGAGUACAUCUUUCAACUAUUUUGGCUGAAUUAUGGCCCUUUUUGGACUUAGAUCGGUACAAUUUUCGUACAAGUCCAUGUCUUGUCAAAACUAUUUAAUCUAUGGCUUUGAAACUUUGAACACUUGUUUAUCAUCAUAAUUUCCAUCAGUAGGCAAGAAUACAAAUUCUGUCAACUAUUUUGGCUGAAUUAUGGCCGUUUUAGGAUUUGGAAAUUGGUUGUUUUUGCACGUCCAUGUUCUGUCAAAACUUUUUGACAUGUUGCUUUGAAACUUUGCUUAUCAUCAUGAUUUCCAUCUGUAGGCAAGAGUACAUAACUCUGUCAGCUAUUUUGGCUGAAUUAUGGCACUUUUUGGACUUAGAAAUUGGUUUAGUUUUCGUACAAGUCGACAUCUUGUCAAAACUAUUUGAUAUGAGGCUUUGGAACUUUGAACACUUGUUUAUCAUCAUGGAAAUGUUUAUCAUCAUGAUUUCCAUCUGUAGGCAAGAAUACAUAACUCUGUCAACUAUUUUGGCUGAAUUAUGGCCCUUUUUGGACUUUGAAAUCAAUUAAAUUUUUCAUACCAGUCCAUAUUUUGCCUAACCUGUUUGUCAUAUGACUUUGAAACUUUAACCACAUAUUUACCAUAUAGUCUACAUAUUUAGGCAAGACUGCAUAACUAGAACAAAGACUUUUAGCUCAGUUAUAGCCCUUUUUUGACAUAGAAAUAAGUUAAGUUUCGCAUACCAUUCUAUAUUUUGUCUAAACUGUUUGAUAUAUGGCUUUGAAACUUUGAACACUUGCUUACCAUCAUGGUCACACAUUGCCAUAUAUUGCAAGACUUAUCCAAAUCCACAAAAUGCAGAUACCUUGUCUUAUCUAAUAUUUUUUCUUUUGUCUGAAAAUCUCUGGUCCUAUUUUGACCCCAUACUUCCGUCAGUUCUUCAAAUAGUCAAGUGUGCUGUCAACAGACAGCUCCUGUUGUGUAUAAGGUAACAAGCUGUUUUUACUUUAUUAUGUUGUUUUUGUUGUCUAAAAUCUUGAAUGUCAGUUUUAGUAACUUUUCACUUUUUGAAACAAAAAAUAAGAAAAUGAAAAAAAAAAAGGUAUUUUCACACUAUUUCUUAGCAACUGUUAUUGGUUAAAGACUUUGGAAUAUAUAACAAGAGCUGUCUAUAAGAUGGCACGCUCGACUUUUCCCAAUGCUUGACUCUGAAUUAGUGCUUUGCCAGUAAAAGGGUCGUAACUCUGUCGAAAUUGAAAUCAGAGUUAUGUGGAUUGUUCCUUCUGGUGGAGCCUGUGAUAGUAAAACUAUUUUAAGUUUCAAGUCAAUAGCUUUGAAAGUAACAGAGAUAUUGGACGUUUUAUAAAACUUCAACCAAAAAUUUCUAAGUUAAAAAGGGACAUAACUCUGUCAAAAUUCAAAUCAAGAGUUAUGGGGAUUGUUUCUCCUGGUGUAGACUUUGAUAGUAAAUAACUAUUUUAAGUUUCAACUCAAUAGCUUCAAUAGUAACAGAGAUAUUUGACUUUAUCAAAAACUUUAACCAAGCGACGGUAAUGGCGAUGCCGGGGCAAGUGCAAUAGCUCUAUUUUUUCUUCGAAAAGUCUAGCUAAAAAUGGUAAUAUGAAGGACUAGCACUUGUUCUUUGAAAAUCCUGUGUCACUUUUCUGGGUACAAAAAUUAAUUAGUAAUUUAUUUUGGUGUGUGAAAAAAAAAAUCUUGUACACUUUCAAAUGCUCAUUUAACAACUUUUUACUUGGUUAUCAGCUGUGUAGGUAUAAACAGCUAGAAUACUGCAGAAAUGUGAAAACAACAUUUCUGAGACAAAACUGACAUACAAGGUCUUGGAAGAACAGCAAAACAUAAUCUUUUAGCCAGAUUAGACAAUAAUACAGCUGAAAAAAAAUACAUGUAUUUCUAUGAUAUUGAAAUAAUCCUGAUCUGAUAAAAGUUUACUGCUUUAUAAAUGAGCCAGUAUUAUUGUUUAUAAAUUAAUGUACAGAAUUAUGGAAAAUAGUCAAUGAAUUUGAAUGUCAUUUUCCUGCACUGUUGUUGGAAUGAAAAACGCUGUUCAGAGUGUGGACUGGUCUUGCUCAAAACUGAUUUAUGCAUUUUCUUACUUAGUAAUAAUUUUAUUAAUGCAUGAUUCUAUGAAAAAAUUUGUCAUGUUUUAUCAGUACUUUCUUUUUUGAAAUGUAUUAUUUUGUUGUCGAUUUUGAUUAAAGGAAUUAGUAAAGUGACA